AUGGGCUUGUUGGUUCUUUUCUGUAAAUCGUUUGAGUUCUUGGAUGCACUUACCUCACAGCCCAGCCAUUUCUGUUGGUUUCCAGAUGCUGCAGUCACUCACAAUAUCCGUGAAGUAAAGAUAAAUAACAUCCAACUAGCAACUGACAACGUGUUGUCAGCUGCUCCACCAGGUCUUGGUAAUAGGGCAGCAGCUGGAAUUUCAUCCAGGAGGACCGGAGAUGCUACCAUCACUCAAAAUGUCCACAAAGAGAACAUGGAAAACAAGCAACUAACACCUAAUAACGUCUUGUCAACUGUUCUCCAAGGACCUCCUUAUUUGGCAACAGCUGGUCUCCCAGCCAUGAGCACCAGGGAUCAGUAUGCUACCGUCACUCACAGUGUCCAUGAGGGAAAGAUUAAAAAUGCUGAAGGAGCACCCAAUAAAGUCUUUCCAACUGUUUCCCCUACACAUAUUAAUAUGGCAGCAGCUGGUGUUUCAUCCAUGAGUACCAGGGAUCAGUAUGCUGCAGUCACUCACAAUGUCCGUAAAGAGAAGAUAAAUAAUGGCCAACCGGCAACUGAUAACAUCUUGUCAACUGCUCCAACAGGUCUUGGUAAUAUGGCAGCAGCUGGAAUUUCAUCCAGGAGGACCAGAGAUCUGUAUGCUUCCAUCACUCACAAUGUCCAUGAAGAGAAGAUAAAAAACGGCCAACCAGCAACUCAAAACAUCUUGUCAACUCUUCCAUCAGGACUUACUAAUAUGACAGGGGCUAGCAUCCUAGCCAUGAGUACCAGGGAUCUGUAUGCCACCAUCUCUCACAAUGUCCAUGAGAAGAAGACGAAUAAUGGCCAACAAGCACCUGAUAACUCCUCAUCAGCGGUUCCACCAGGGUGUAGUAAUCUGUCAGGAGCUGGUGCUUCAUCCAGGAGUAGCAGGGAUCUGUGUGAUUCACAAGUCACAGCAAGGUCUCCGGUGGAAACUGUGCCAAAUACAGCACGAAUAUCUCCUGCUAUGGCAAAGAAAAUUAAUGAUGAUAUAAAACAUCAAUUAAUAAAAGAAGUUCGAAGGUGUGGGCGAAAUUAUGAAAGAAUUUUCAUUUUGCUUGAUGAAGUACAAGGAUCUAUGGAAGUCAAGAAACAACUUAUUAAAUUUGCCAUUAAGGAAGCAGCAAGGCUUAAAAAUUUUGCCUUAAUUCAGCAACUCAAGAAGGUGCUAAAAGUAGAUUCCCACUGCCAUCUCAGCAAAGUUAAGCACAUGAGAAAAAAUAAUUGUGUUAAUGCAAAUACCAAGGAGAAACAAGGACAUGUGCUGUAAAGUGGAGUAGGUCAUUGCUGAAGCUUCCUGUAAUUUUGAAGUGAAGAAAAUUCCCUUCCUGAAGCUAAGAAAAGAUGGAGCUUUUGAAAUUUAGUAAAUUUCUGUUAGUAAAAGCUAGACUUUUGUGGUUUGUUUGUUGGUUUAUUCUUCCACCUGAGGAGGGAUACGAGUUGAGAAAUCACCAAUGUAUUUAGUAUUACGGUCAUGGUUUCUGCAUAGUUGUAGCCGGUAUUUAUAACUGCCUUCGUUCACUACCCAUUUUUCAUUCCCUUUGCCCUGAGAUAGUAUGUCAUCUGGUCAUGGUGCUUGACCUGGCAGGAUGACUCAAACCUUCAUCACUGAACAGUCUGAAGGACCAUUAGAUACCUGCCUGGAUUGGGUUGCUGUACUUUUCCAUUAAGUGUAAUCAGAAAACAUGGGAGGACUAAGAAGCUCUCUAGACACAGCAGACAUACUCCUUUUUAGCUCCUGGUGUAGUGCAAGUAAUCCCCCUUUGAUCGUCAGGUUCAUCAUCCCAAGCCAGUGGAUGACCCCCUCCUUUGCCUCUAGAUGGAAAGUGAUGAAGACACCAAAAUGGCCAGCUGGCAGUAUGAAUGUCUUUUCAAUGGAAUCACUGUUGUGUCCCUUGGU